CGGGCCCGGCUGGCGAGCCCGGGAGGCGCCCGGCAGCGCUGGGAUCCCGGCGGCUCAGGUGCAUGGUGACAGCAUCGCAGCAAUGAGUGGAAUUUUAAAGAGGAAGUUUGAAGAAGUUGGUGGAACCUCACCCUGCUCAUGUGUGUGGGAAUCAGAUGAUGAUGUUUCCAGCAGUGAAAGUGCUGACAGUGGAAGUAAUGUCCAUCCAUCUGCUUCUAAUCAUUUUACCCGUACAUGUGACAGCAUCGCAGCAAUGAGUGGAAUUUUAAAGAGGAAGUUUGAAGAAGUUGAUGGCUCCUCACCUUGUUCCUCUGUGAGGGAAUCAGAUGAUGACAUUUCCAGCAGUGAAAGUGCUGACAGUGGUGAUAGUGUCAAUCCGUCCACUUCCAAUCAUUUUACCCCAUCUUCAAUCCUGAAGAGGGAGAAGCGUAAGAGAACAAAGAAUGUCCACUUCAACUGUGUCACUGUGUAUUACUUCACGAGAAGGCAAGGCUUCACCAGCGUUCCCAGCCAGGGAGGGAGCACGCUGGGAAUGUCCACGCGCCACAACAGCGUGCGCCAGUACACCCUGGGGGAGUUUGCCAUGGAACAGGAGAGGCUCCACCGAGAGAUGCUGAGAGAGCACCUAAGGGAGGAAAAACUCAAUUCUCUGAAGUUAAAGAUGACCAAGAACGGUACGGUGGAAUCUGAGGAAGCCAAUACACUGACUCUGGAUGACAUUUCUGAUGAUGAUAUUGAUCUAGACAACACUGAAGUAGAUGAGUACUUCUUUCUCCAACCCCUGCCUACAAAAAAGCGGCGGGCACUGCUGCGAGCUUCUGGAGUGAAGAAGAUUGACGUGGAAGAAAAGCACGAACUGCGAGCCAUCCGCCUGUCCAGAGAGGAUUGUGGCUGCGACUGCCGUGUGUUCUGUGACCCAGAAACUUGCACCUGCAGUCUUGCAGGCAUAAAAUGUCAGGUGGAUCGUAUGUCUUUUCCAUGUGGUUGCACUAAAGAAGGGUGUAGCAAUACAGCAGGUAGAAUCGAAUUUAACCCUAUCCGUGUACGGACUCACUUUUUGCACACGAUAAUGAAACUUGAAUUGGAGAAAAAUAGAGAGCAGCAAGUUCCAGCACUCAAUGGCUGUCACACUGAGAUAAGUGCACACAGUAGUUCCAUGAGUCCAGGACCCCAUCCAGUCGAAUAUUCGAUUGCAGAAAAUUUUGAGAUUGAAACCGAACCCCCGGCUACAGUUAUGCAUUCCCAGUCAGCUGAGGACUUGGACUGCCCAGGGGAAGAGGAGGAAGAGGAAGAUGGGAGUAGCUUUUGUAGUGGAGUUACAGAUUCUAGUACACAGAGUUUAGCCCCUAGUGAAUCAGAUGAUGACGAAGAGGAAGAGGAAGAUGAGGAGGAAGAUGAGGAGGAAGAAAAAGCAGAUGAUUUUGUAGAAAGUAUGAGCUCCCAUGCUGAUAUGGUGCCUCUUCCUUCUGUCCUUUGCUACUCUGAUGGAACUGCUGUGCAUGAAAACCACUCUAAAAAUGCCUCAUACUAUACUAACUCUUCAACUCUGUAUUACCAAAUAGAGAACCACGUUGCUGGCACUGCUAACCAGAUUGGUGACACUUACUCAGAAAGGGAUGCUGUCAAGAAUGGUAGUCUUUCUCUGGUGCCUUACAACAUGACUUCAGAACAGUUUGUUGACUACACACGGCCAUCAGAGGAAACUUUUAGCAGCCCUCAUUACCCUUCUGCAAACCCCUCAGUGAUUGUUUGCUGCUCAUCUUCUGAAGGGGAUGGCAGUGCUCCCUGUAACAGUUUAUACACUGAGCAUAGGCCGAGUCACCCACCAGUGGAAUUUCACUCAUACUUGAAAGGUCCUUCUCAAGAUGGCUUUGUCUCAGCUUUGAAUGGUGACAGUCAUGUGCAGGAACACCCUGCUGAGAAUUCACUAAACCUCCCGGAGAAGAGCAGACUGCACGAAGAGUGCAUCAAAUCACCAGUGGUAGAGACGGUGCCUGUUUAAAUUUAAAUUAUUCUAGGACUAGACUUCCUGUGUUAAAAUUCACUCCCACUGGAUUUUCCUAGAAACUUACUUUUUUAAGAGGUAGAUGAUACUUGGACUAUAGUCAAUGUUCCAGACACAUUUUGUUUUCUCAAGCUACACUGGCAGUGGUAUUGCACAAAACCAGUUCAUGUAAAGAUUUAAAUAAAAAUAAUCAACCCAUUUUUUUGAUAAAAAUAAACAGAUAAGUAAAAAACACAUCCAACAUAUUUCAAAGUAGCCUACCUAUGAACGUAUGUGAAACCUGCCAAGGUAUCUGAAUCAAAACUUCCAUGUUUUUGACUGUCGGGCCUGUGCAAGAUUGUUAAAAAUGAUACUUUGAAAUAAUCAUGUUUAGAGUCCUAAUUUUCAACAUAUCUGAAAAGAUGGUAAGUUUAAUGUAAAAAUAACUACUGUACAAAAAAAAAGUUUUAAUUGUUCUGUACUGUUUGUAUUUUAUUUAUGGUAGUUAAAGAUUCAUGUUUUGAUAAAAAUGAACAGCAUGUUCAUUUGAGCAGAAGAUCCAUACAAAGAGCAUGGCCACUUUUCAUCUGGAGUACCUUGUAUUCUUCCUUAUUUUUUCCUAAUACUAUUUCUGAUAAAUCAUCUUGAAACAUUUUUAGAGUGUACUAUUUUUCUCUUUUACUGUUCUUGACAAACAGAAGAGUCAGAAAGGGGGCAUUUACAUCUAGAAUAGAGAAAGGUAGACAAUCCUCGAUUUAAAACUAAAAUCAGUGGCAUUCCAGAGCUAGUACCCCAUCCCCAAAGAAGAAUGAUCUUGUAUAUAAUGGCAAAGCAGUAGCUUAAGCUCACACAGCACCUUCAGGCCAGCCACCGUUCAGAUCCUUACGCACUUUAGUGCCACUUUGCAGUACUGUACGAACUGCGGGAACUGUGAACCUCUUCCGAGAAAUGCCAUAGCUCCAGACCCUGAGGCAAUGUAAGGUCUUAACAUUCACUGUAACAAAACCUGUACGUUUCUCCCAAGCCAGUUUAUGAAUAUGUCAGUAUGCAAUUUAUAAAAGCAGAGCCUUACUGAUCAAAGUUUAAAUAAAGCAUGGGGAAAAAUGUGGAAGUGUCUAGAUUGCCUAAAUUUUUAUGAUACACAAGACUGGCUUUUGUGAACUUCUGAUUGUAUCUCAAAUUUAGUACCAUUUGGUCUUAUUAGGAAACAGUCCAUUCAGUGAGGAAAAAAUAGCUUCAGAAAUUUUGUAUCUGCAAAAGUCUGCAAGCAAAAGAACAUGUGCAUCAUAUGGAUAUCCAUUACAUUGUGAUCCGCUUGUUUUUAAAUGGAAUGGGAAUGAAACUAUCUUUAAUUUAUUAAACAACCUUGCUUUUGUUUAGAAAAGGAGGCAUAGGAAUCUGCUUUUCUCUGCACUGGUAAUUCUGCACUGCCUUAUUUUGAUUUCAAAAUAUAUUUCAGCAUUUUUGUUCUUCUAAUACUGAGAUUUCAUUUAUUAUACAUCAAGUAGUUGAAAUGUAGGCCUGUCUUGUUUGUCAAAAUACAGAUCAGCAUUUUAGUUUUUAUCUGUGUCAAAUCUAGGUGGUUAACAGUGUGCAUGUAAACACAGUGUAAAUUUUAUCUCUGUAACAGUGAUUCUUCUGGUUAGAAGCUCUUUAAAACAUCAUGUACAGUACUCCAGUAGAAGAACUGCCAAUGUAAAAUAUGCUUUUCAAAAAAAGAGCUAACUUAAUUGUUUUUAUAUGAAAUCUGGGCAGAGUGAUUCCUCGUAUUUAUGCUAAAUUAGCAAAAUAUUUUUACUCCAUGUAGUAGCUGGAAAGAUUUUUUUAUUUACUUGUUUCCACAAGAAGUCCUACAUGUUUUCUAUGAACUGCAUUGAAAAGUCUAGUUCUCUAGGGACUGGAUUCCAAACUUGCAACGUAUUCCAUCUCCUGGAGAGCGCACUCAUGCUGGUUAUCUGGCUCAGCACUUCCACAGCCUCUGUUCCUCGCAGUCACAGACCACUCUAGGCUCUUUCUCUAAGGCUGAGUAGCCAGAAACUGGAAUUUUCACCGAGACCAUGACUGGAACAGCACCUAAAAGCAGAUGCCCUUUUGCCUAUAAGGUGAACUUCACCUCUCUUGGAAAAAGGUGCAUUGUUAAAUAUAUAUAAUGCUUUAAUUGAUGUUAGACAUGAAAUUAGAAUUUUGUUGACACUAUUACAGCAAUUGCAGUUGUUGCUUAAGAGCAACAACUCAUGCCCAUUGAAAGAUCCUUAAAAUUAAAAGCUGGUCAGGAGGAGCUUCUAAUAUUCUUUGUUGAGCUGUAUGCCACUUAGAUUAGAAAAUUCUAGAUUUGUAAAGCUUUACAAUUUUUUAUUUGCAUAAGUUCCUGCUAGUGAAUCAUAAUUGGAGUUGACAUCUGUUUAUUUUAAGGCCAUUGGUUCCACUCCAUAGUAACUAUUACUUACAAGGUUCAGCUGCUCCCCUGCUCUGUUAACAGUGGGAUCCUGCCUUUGGUCCAAGUGCUGCAGGACUCCUGUGUGGUAUUAGUGGUGCUGUUACUCACUAGAUUGCUGACUGAUCCCAGGCCAGAUCCGGUUUCUAACGUGAUCUGGCUGUUUUAUUUCAGUAAAUAUGCUAAUAAACUGAUCAUGUUGCUUUCCCUGCCUCACAGGCAGUACCUUCACAAACACAGCUGCUUUGUUAAAGAUUGUACACAUAUAUUUGUAUGCAAAACUGAGCAUGUAUAAAAGGUUUUAUUAGUUCAGGUGUUCCUGACAGAAAUGUGCUACACUGGAUAGGGAGUACUGGGCUCAGACAGAGGAGACUUUGCCUUUGUCCUGUUGUGUCAUCAUGUUCUCUGUGCUCUGGUUUGUAAUGUACUUGGAGAUACUGUGAUAAAACAUAAUUCUAUAGUAUAGAACAGGUAGAAUGCCAUUUUAUUCUCAUGUUUUGGCAUCAUAACUGAAUUUUUGUACUGCAGACUGCCAUUUUCCAAAUUAAGCCCAGCCCAGCUCAGAAGUGACCAGAAAUUUUUCACGAACAUGAAAAAUAGCUGAAAUGAGCUCUCCUUUCCUUAGACUGGAUUAAUGAGCAGAAGUUAAAAAGUAAAUUUCACAGUGAAAAAUUGGACUAAAAGCUGUGUUGAAUAUACAACAUUUUCCUGUCUAGUGCUUAACAUUUGAGCAGCAAGAUUGUAGUUUUCCUGCAACACCACACUUGGCAGCAACAAGCAGUCUUGCUCCUCUGCAUUCUUUUGCCAGCUGAAUUCUCUCAGUUGAAACUCCUUGUCUAGGUUGCUCCUGUAGCAAUGCAGGUGUUCCUACUCAAACAUAAAGCAAGACAGACCCAUGAUACCCUUUUAAAAGGCAUUUGUUAAAUAAGGGCACUGUUACAGCUGGUUAGUUUUAUAAACUGAUGUUCAUUGUGGCAGUUGUUUUAUUUCCUGAAACAGUCAGGAACAGAAGAGGAUGAUAUGGAAAAUCCUUAAGCAUUUGGGGGUGUUAGGCUUUCCCGUUGAGACUAAAGAGUAAUUCUGUCAUCUGCUUUAUUACAGUUGCAGGACAGUUGAUGUAAAAUACUUUGAAAAUCUAGAAUUAACUCAGAGAAUAUAUUCUAUAGAAUUUAUUUCUAAAAUACUAAAUGUGAUUACUAUUUUUUUAAAAUGGUAGAAAGCUGUUAUUUUCAAAACAGAGUCUAGUUCACUUACGUGUUCCUUGGUAUGAAAAAUCUCAUCAUUUGCCUUUUCAGUGUUUCAAAGUUUUUUUAAUAUUCCUAAUUUUGCUAUUCUCUGUAAUCAUUGUCCAUGUGCAAACUAUUGUCCAUUUUCUCCAAGAAGUGUCAAAUCCAAAGUACAAAUACUGUGAAGUGAGGAAGAAGUGCAAUGUAGUUUUAAAGAUGUCUGAAUGAACACACACUUGAGUUCUUCACAAGUUUUUCCUUUUCACUGUCUCUUCCCUCCCCUAAAUCCAACACAGCUUUUAAUUUUAUGGCUAACAAGAGUAUAGUUUCCACUUAAGGAGGAAAGUUGUGACAUCUUUGAGAACUUUUCUGCUACCCUAAUAGCUGAUUUUACUUUAUAUGGAUAUCCACUUUAUGAAACACCUGUUUUGCAGUCUUAGUAAUUUCUUUUUAGUUCCUUCCUCCCUUCUGGUGUUUGGGAGGUCCAUUGUACAGUAAGACUUUUCAUUAAAAUCAAGCAAAAGGGCAACUCUAAUGUCCUUUGUGCUGAGAAUGAGAUCUUGAAAAGCCAGGUUGGGUGGGGUUUUGAACAACGUGAUCUAGUGGCUGGCACUAGAUGGUCUUUCAGAUCCCUUCCUAACCAGGCCACUCCGUGAUUCUAGAGUUAAAAUAUAUGUUGCCCUACUGCUGUCUUUAAGGUUAGGCAGACACCCACCCCUCAGAAGGUUCCAUUGACUGGAGAACCAUAUUCUUGGUGCUCUGUGUUGCACCUUCUCAAUUGAGAUCAUAGUCCUUCAUCCAAGGCUGCGGGUGCAACAAAAAUAAAUUCAAAAGGUACAUUUUGUACUUUAUUAACACAAUUAUUUUAAUAUGGAGCUUAGCAAUGACACUUCUCUUUCUGAAUGAAUGUCCAGCAGACCCAAGUCAAAACAAAGUUUGUCUCUCAUGUACGUUCUUCUCUAAGUUCACUUUUCCAACAUACCAUGAAGAUUGGAUUAGCUGUUCUUGAUAGGGAAAAUGGUGGAAGAUACAAAUGUGCAUCAUUGUUCUAAUAAAAGGAUCAAGAUAAUCCUUUGUCUUCAAACACUUGAGUGAGUGCAGGGAGGAUAGAAAGAACAAUUUAAAGGAAAAGAAAGAUGAAGCCAAGAGGCAGAUUGAUACGGAUUAUUUUUCCUAUUAAGGGAAAAAUAAAGCAUAUUAGAAAAAAAACAAUAGAAGGAAAAAGGUGAAUUACAAUCUCUUCCCAGCAAGGAUGGUAAAGUAUAUAGACAUUCACUACAAGCUUGCCCAUGUUAGAUUGAAAUAUUGUUUCUGUUAUUUAAUAUAUUGUAACCAAACAUGAACUCAGUGGAAAUAGGAACUGGCAUUUUUUCCAGGCCAGAGUUAUACAGGUGGCCAUUAAAUAAAAGACUUAUCCAAAUCCAUGGGGUAAAAAAAUGAAAAAGCAGCACCCUAGAAGCAUUGCUACUAUGUCACUUUUUGCUGAUGGCAGUUUCAAAGACAAGUUCAAAAUCAUCUUAGUUAACUCUGCUCCCGGGCAUCUAUUCUUAUAUACCCAGUUUCUCAGCUAGCAAGAGAUGCUAAAAGCAAAGGCAAAAUGUCCUUUUAUCAGCAUUUUAUCUUGGCAUUUUCAAAUGAGGCUUAGUACAUUAUGGCAGGUAAUUAUUUUAGGUUUCUCCACCUUAAACUUCUAAAAUACAUUCUUAAGAAUGAAAUUUUGGGUUGGAUUUUGGAUGAAGGUUAAUCUUGCUGGGGUAAUGGGGGAAUCACUGUAAAGAACCAUUUGUGAGUCUCAGAUAUAGAUUCAGCACCAGUUUUCAGCUUCUUGAAAAGAUCAUGAUGUGCACUGGCAGCUGGUUCUCUUAAAACCAGAAGCAAGCAUGCUGGUUUUUUCCAAGCCAUUUCACACAAAUACCACAACUUCAGGUCUCAAAUGCCCAUGUAAACAAGGCUUAAUAACUGGGCACUUCUUUUAACUGACUUGAUUGUAGGCACUUCUAUCGAAAUAUGUCUGAAGUGUAGUUUGUGAAAUAUGUUUAAAAUGUGUUUGAUGUCAAAUAAGCGCUAGACAUUUAACAGUGCAAAAAUAGUCAAAAACUGUAGAUUACAAAACUGUUCCUAAGAUCCUCAGCCUGUAAUAUUGUCUUAGUAAAGUUGAUCUUUUAAGUUACAUUGCAUUCUGGUAUAAUAACCUUUUACAAAUAAAAUUAUUAAUACAAAUGUACUUGUUAAUACCUGUUAACAUAAAACAUGGCAGUUGGUUCUUCUGAUUUAUUUCAAUCUCCAACUAAUAGAAAUUUUGUAAAAAACACAUUGCCUUUUAUAUGUUUAAAGUGUUUUGUUUUAACAGACUAUAUUAACAUUCACACUGUCUAGUCCAUCCCUGUCUUUUAGCAGGUUCAUCUCUCUCUGUAUAUGUACAUAUAUAUAUUUCCCCACAAGAAUAUAAAAUUGCUUUUGAAAUUUUUGUUGGCAAGUGGUAAAUAGUACACCAUGGCAUAAACUCAAAAGCACUUAAGUUGAUUGUCUUUCAGACAGGUAAUCCAUUCAAAUGGGACUAGAAAAAAGGCAUAAUUGCAGCCAUUAGUUUAAAAUUUGUACAUUACUUCUAACAUUACUAAUUUCUGAGAAAAAUAAUUGUUACGUACUUAACAUUUUCCAUUACAGAUGAUCUUGCAUACUAAAAUUAUGGAGGUCUCAACAGUUAAGCAAGAUAUUUAUUUGGACUGCUGCUUUUAAACUGUUUGAAGAAGCAAAGGGAAAGAAAGUUCAUCUUAAAAUCUGUAUAUGGAAAUAAUUUUAAGCUUCAUGAACUACACAUUUCCUUAAUUUCCUUUUUUUAAACAAGUUGUAACAUCAAAGAUGCCAAAGGGUAAUAUAAGCUACAAUAAUAUUCAACAGAACUUAACCUAGAUCUUAUGUUGUAAUAAUUUAUUCAAAUUAACUGUAUUCUUCUGUAUUUAUAUUUUCCGUAUUUAUUAUGAAUGAUAUGAAAUUUGAUGUAUUUAUUGUGGCUUAUUACUGCAGUGUAUAUAUUACAAAAAUGAGCAUUUUUAAGUCUUUAAUAUUAGUUUUUUUGUUAUUUAGUGGCACUUGUAUCAGCUGUAUUUUUAUUAUAUAUUGUACAAUAUAUAUUGUCCAUUUGUUUGCAAUGAAGUAAACCAGGUUUCUACGUUA